CGCCUGAGCAAUCUACGUGUGUGGAAUCAUCGCUGUAGCCGGGUUCCCCGGUCUGGGCUAACAGCAGCGCUUGAAUAUCACCGAUACAAGUGGCGUGUGCUCUUGUCGGAUGGGAUGCGGGUUCAUUGAACGUCGCCCCUUGACCUCUUGGAGCAGACAUGCUCGCUUUUGGUUUAUCGCCGUGUCUGGUUUUUGGAGGUGUUUUCGUUUCGUCUUUCGUGGUCUCGUCCCCUACAUUCGCAACAGAUUGCGUCGAGGCAGAACAGACCGACUCCGGUUCCCGCGCAGCCCUUCCCGCGCCUCUAGGCAUGGCCUACUCGAAGAACCUCGAUAUUCGAUCUCGGCGACGGUGUGUAUCGGCGCAAGAGCGGAGAGAGGCACAGAUUGCGAGCGACCACUCUUUCGUGUCCCCCCGGUCUUGGGCCAGUUGGCCGUCGUCGACAUCGAACUACGACGGUGUAUCGGCGAAUGAGCGGAGAGAGACACAUGUUGCGAGCGGCAAAGCAGGCCGUGCGAAGAGGGACGGUGGGAAGCGGACUCGGUCUGUUCCGCCUCUUUUCCGCUGCUCGUGCGUGGGCCCGAGUGUCAGCCGCACGGAAGGCAUAAUGUCGGGCCUUUUUCCCGGGAUCGAAUCGACAAUGCUCGGGGAAAUGUUGCAGUGUGCGAUAUACUACCCAUCGUAUGAGGUAACCAAGGACUUGUUGAUACGCCGAAGUAGAACGGGCAAGAGCAGCGUUCCUGAGCCGGCGCUGCAGAUGCUGGCGGGAGGGAUAGCCGGGUGCGCAACGUGGCUGCCGCCCGUGUACUGCCUGGACGUGAUCAAGACGAGGAUUUAGAGCGCGGAGCCCGGCGUGUACCGCGGGUCGUGGGACCGCCUGAGGAAGACAGUGAGGUCGGAAACAACACCGGUGUUGCUUCGGGGUUUGGGGCUGUCCAUGCUCCGUGCCUUUCCGAUGCACGGGCUUGUGGUCGUCGGGUACGAGACCACCACUGGCCUCUUGGCCGCCCGUGAAAAUUGUCCCACUGCUGUCCUCGCCAACACGUAGUUCUCCUCGGUACAGCAUCGAGCGUUUUAUCUUGUUGGCGACAAGGUUCGUCUGCUGUAGGCUGGGGAACGUGCGGGAGACGCCGGUAUAGGAGGUUAUACCCGUGGGGCUUAACAAUCACGGCACGGAAGCGUGUACGGCCAGAUGCGCUGGUCAAGUCCUCGCGUGAGCCAACGUUAGGCAACUCCACGUUGAAUGCUUUGCAUGUUGUCGGAAGGUCGGGCUGGAAAGUACCGACGGACACGAUCUUCCUUGUCGCGGAACCAACCUUGACGACGCUAGCGGAUACUUUUAAGGUUAGGGCUGUAUACUUCUGCGUACUUCUAUAUAGUAGGGAACAGGACUGGAUGAUUUAGGUUACCGUGAGUGGGUGUCGUGAACACCUUGCGAAGUGCCUUGUGUCGUGACAGGGAAUAAUACAACUGUGACUUGCUUACCUAUCGUACAAGUCUGCAGUGGUAUAGUUUCCUUUUCGGUGGGUGAUGCUGACAUCGUUUUUUUUUGUCCCCUGGAACGUGUCCUUCUAAAUAUGUCGAAUCCUGUUUGAUGCUUCAACUUGCUGAUGAGUUCGAGCACUGUAUGUAACAAUUUCAAUAUUGAGUAAAAUAUGUGUCACUUUUUCAACACCGCGGAGUCUGCUGUCCGUAUUGUUGAGCGCUACGCCGUACGUGCAAGCUUUGUGUGUUUCCCCCCGACGUUGUGGUUCGGAAGUGGUCGAUUUCCAGUUAUGUUGUUUAAGGGUUAGGGUUUUAGGUUUUCCAU